AUGAGAAAUUCUCAUAAUUCAUCUCAUUCACCAAUACCUUAAUAAAAAUUUAUUACUCCAGAAAAAUUAGUAAGAGUAAGUGGAAGUUCAGGUGUGAAAGUGAAUUCAAUUUAAAAAAAUGGCACAAGAAUUAGAAGUGAAGCUGCUGAAACUGUUAAUAAGGUCAAGGAAUAAUAAAAGUUAUAAGAAUAUGUUUAGGAACUAGAAUAUAAAUAUGUGUAAUAAAAGAAUGAAGAAUAGUAACAAUUAGAAUUGAGAAUCUUAAUGUUAUUACAACAGAAUCAUGACCAAGCACAAGAAAUGGAAGAGUUGAAACAGGAGAAUGAAUAAUUAAAAUAGCUUUUAUAUGAAUAAUAGACUAAAAUUGUAGAGUAAAGUUAAGAAAUCUUAGCAUUAAAAGUAUAUAAAGAUGGAUUAAAGAAAUUAAGUUUUAGUGAUUACUUUCGAUAAUAGAAUAUAUGA